UAUGAGAGGACAAUACUAGUGGUGACGUAGUACAUAUGGUAUAGUACUAAGCCCCUUUCAUUUUAUUAAAAAAAAUUAACACAGAAGAAAGGAAUUUUUUGUGAAUGGGGACAGUUAUCGACUCCCAUUUCUUGGGCCUAACCGCCAUUGUUACAGUGGUUUACCAAUUAAUCUUUUUUAUAAUCACAGCACUCCUCAAAUUUGAUAAAGUCACAGAUUUCGCAGGAGGUACAAAUUUCAUUGUGCUUGCAGUAUUAACUUUGAUACUAAAAGGUUCAUGGAAUUUUCGACAGGUGGUUUUGUCUGUGUUUGUCGUGAUAUGGGGCCUUCGACUGGGGCUAUUUCUAUUAAUGAGGAUAUUACAAUGGGGCGAGGAUAGACGUUUUGAUGAUAAGCGUGAUAAUCUGGGGAAACUGGCAAUAUUUUGGCUAUUUCAGGCAAUCUGGGUGUGGACUGUGAGUUUACCAGUGACAGUUGUUAAUGCAAGUGACCACCAACCAUCUGUUCAGACGGUAGACAUCAUUGGUUGGAUUAUGUGGUCUAUCGGAAUAUCAGUUGAGAUCGCUUCUGACCAACAAAAGUUAACAUUCAAAAACUCCCCAGAGAACAGAGGAAAGUGGUGCAAUGUUGGACUUUGGAAGUAUUCACGGCAUCCAAACUAUUUUGGCGAGAUCUUUCUAUGGUGGGGAAUAUUUGUGGCAUCAACGCCUGUGCUGGAGGGUGCUGAAUGGCUUGUUGUGCUUGGACCAGUGUUCUUAACGUUGCUGCUGCUUUUCGUUAGUGGCAUUCCCUUGCUUGAGGAAUCAGCAGACAAGAAAUACGGAAAUGUAGCUGAAUAUAUAAUCUAUAAGGAUACGACAAGCCCUCUCAUUUUGCUGCCCCCUGGAUUAUAUGGAAAGCUUCCUUCAUGGUUCAAAACUAUAUUCCUUUUAGAGUUUCCGCUGUACAGUCGCAAUCUUUCCCAAUAAGAGCUAAGCUGAGGUGGAUCUGGUAUUUGAACAUUAUGCUUGGAAGAGAUCUAGAGAGCGGCUUGUCCAACAUUUGACAGAUUCAUACCAUCCAUUUCAAACAGGAUUUGUCCCGGAUAUACGAGCAAUCCAACUCAUAGGAUUCCCUUUUCCUUAUUAAAGGAGUUUUCUCUCCGAUUAUGGCACAAUGAGACAACUCGAUAUAAAAGACGACCAACUCUACAACUUUUUUAGUGACAUAUAUUCCAAAACCAAGUAUUGAAUCGAGUACACACCUGAACUGAACCGGUAUGUAAAUUUGUAUUUUAUAUAUUAUGAAUACGUUAUAUUAAAAUAUAAUUUUUUCAACAA